CUUUUUCUCCCCGCCUCGUCCUCCCCACGCCCCAUUUCCUCGCCCGCCGGGCGCAAGGAUGGGCGGCCGAGGGGAACCGCCGCCGCCGCCGCCGCUGUCCCUCUAAAGCGAGGGGCGGCUAUAAUAGAGACCGGGGGUGGGGGGUGGGGAAGCCCCAUUGCUUCAGCCCGCUGCCCUUAGGAAGUCGAAGGCCAGGCAGGCGGCCGCCCGCCCGCCCGGCUCUUGCAUCUUCUUCCUCGGCGUCGUCGGCAGCAGCAUCAUCCGCAGCAUCCUCGGAAGCCGUCUCGCCGUGAAGUCGGCGGCGCCGGCAGCCGCGCGGGGCCGUCCGUCCCUGCAUGGGGGGUCUGGGGUCGCCCGCCUUCCUUCCCGCCGGCCCUUGGAAGAGGAGGCGGCGGCGCCGGCGGCGGCGGUGUCUCCCGCCCUCGGCCUCCCCGGGACUGACGACUCGGCGAGCGGAGGAUGGCGCUGGGCUUGGCGCUCUGCAAAGGGCCGCGGGCGUCGCGGCUGCCGGUGGGCGCCAGCGCUUUGGGCUUCCUGGUGCUUUACUGGCUCUACAUCUUCCCGGUCUACCGGCUGCCGGACGAGAAGGAGAUCGUGCCCGAGGUGCUCCGGCAGCAGGGCAGGGCUUGGCGGAGGAACCACAGCGCCGCGGCCGAGUUCAGGAAACUUCUCAAAGAUUGUUGCGAUCCGAGCCAUCUCUUUGCAAUGACGAAACAAAAUUCACCGGUGGGAAAGAGCAUCUGGUACGAUGGCGAAUUUCUAUACUACUUCACAAUUGACAACAAAACCUUCUCACUGUUUCCAAAGGUGAUUCCAUUCCAGCUGCCAUUGAAGAGGUGCUCUGUGGUGGGCAACGGAGGGAUUCUGAAGAACAGCCGCUGCGGCAAGCAAAUCGAUCAAGCGGACUUUGUCAUGAGAUGUAACCUCCCUCCCCUAAGCAAGGCAUACAGCAAGGACGUAGGAUCAAAAACUCAACUGGUAACAGCGAAUCCAAGCAUAAUUAAUAAAAGCAAUAGCAGUUAGACUUAUAUACCGCUUCAUAGGGCUUUC